AUAUGCCUCCACGUCAUCCUGUUACGCAUCUAUACGCGCUCACUGUUCACGAACAUUCCAGAUAAUCAUCACCCAAAAGGGGCCUCUGACUCGCCAUAAAACUAAAACUGAAAACGCAAUCACAGUAACAGCACCAUGUCCGCUUCCUCCAGCGCAUUCAGCCAAACCCUGCAAUACAUCACAUCCAUUAAACUCGUCGAGCUCGAACGACAGCGCGAAGCAUGUACACAAUACGUCACCGACACACUUGCACAAUCCCAAGGCGCCCCGGACCCCAUAACGCGCGUCGGGAUACUCAUCGAGCGUAUCGACGCGUGGACAGGGACUCGGGAAUUUGGUUAAUACGUCGCUGGAUGACUACAAAGCGUACGUGCACCCCACCCACCACUACCACUAACCCACAUCUCCAUUAUGUAGGUACCUCCACCAAGCACGCUCAGAUCCCUCCAUCACACCCGCCCAAGUCUCCCAAUGGGCCGACACCCUCAAGACUCAGCUCCGCCAGGCCGUCACGCGCUACGACUACGCAAAGCUCUUCGGGGACCUCCUCAGCGAAUGGCUCCAGAGCGGUGACUCCCUCGCCGUCGCCCCCGACCCCGCCCCCUCGGCAUCCGAGCACACUGGCAUGCGCCAGGAAAAAGCCGAACAGCAAGACCGCAUCCAAGAACUCAUAUUCACCCCCAAACACGUCGAUACCCACGCAAUCCAAGCCUACCUCGAAGAGCUCUUCUCCUCCUCUCCGGAGGCUUCCGCCGCUCUGGGGACCCUCCGGAAAGACUCUCAAGGCCCGCGGAGAGACCCUCCUGCGCCAGUCCUAUCGACGUCAAUGGUAUGCGGAAACUCAUCAAGUCGCUCAUCGCGCGAGACUUGCUAUCAGCGGAAAAAGCCGCGACUCUUGGGGGGUUCCUCGAUAGUGCUGUGAUUAUCGAGGAAGUGACGAGUGUGUUGAAUAUGCAGCUGGCUGGUCUUGACAAGUGGGACUGGCCUGAGGAAGGCGUUGCUGUUGAGAUGCGUAGGCACCUCAGUGGAAAGUACAGGCAAGUAUCA